AUGCGGAACAUGAUGAUGAUCCUCCGACUCAAGUACGAUAUCCCUACAAUGGAAGAUCUCCGGGACACUUUGCCGAGGGAUCAUGCCUUGCAUGCCCAGCUGCCGGCCUACAAGCUGCACACGCUCAAGAAAACGGCGCAACGCCCUUCGCAAAAUUUCGUCGACUUGACCGAAGAGGUCGCAGUCUUCCACGGAGGCAGUGUCGCGUCGAUAACUCUCUGGGGUCGAAUGCAAACGACUACACCAAGAACCAUCUAUGCGAUGGGCUUUGGCAGCUCGCUCGACGAAGGAUGGCGGCGCCUUGAGGGUGCAGGUGCAUCGGCAAUCACGUUGCUCGGAUCUGGUAACGAGAUGCGAAAUACGCAAGGCACCGUCAACUGCAAGACGGCUAGAUUCGUGCGAGUGAGUACCACCAAAACAACUCAUCGCAUCUGA